UCAGGAGAUGGAAAUACGUCAAAAGGGAAAGGAGCGACACACACACACAAAAAUCUGUCGCCCGCGCCUCAGUUUCCGUCUCUGGCUACUACCCCAAACACAACCUCAACCCCCCUCGCCUCGCUCUGCUCUCGGCCUCAUCCACGUGUAGCCAGCGCGUGUUUGCCGCGCCCGCCCCACCCAGUUUGUCCAGGCCGCCACUGCUCCCGCCUUGCUGGUGGUUUACAGACAGGUCUGCUUCGUAGGCAGAGAGCUGCGGCGAGGAUCGAGCCGCCAACACCGUGAGGGCGGUUGCUGUCUAUGUGUUUGUGAGGAGAGCGAUGGAGCCCGACUCCUCGCAAACCACAAAUCAGAUGCAAACUGAUUCUUUGUCUCCGUCUCCUAACACUGUGUCGCCAGUGCCUUUAAAUAAUCCUACAAGUGCCCCAAGAUUUGGAACAGUCAUUCCUAAUCGCAUCUUUGUUGGAGGAAUCGAUUUUAAGACUAACGAGAAUGACCUAAGGAAGUUUUUUUCCCAAUAUGGCUGCGUUAAAGAAGUAAAAAUAGUAAAUGACAGAGCUGGAGUAUCAAAGGGAUAUGGUUUUAUCACAUUUGAAACUCAGGAAGAUGCGCAAAAAAUUUUACAAGAGGCUGAAAAACUAAAUUAUAAGGAUAAGAAACUGAAUAUUGGUCCAGCAAUAAGAAAACAACAAGUAGGGAUUCCUCGGUCCAGUAUAAUGCCAGCAGCUGGAACAAUGUACUUGACCACUUCAACUGGAUAUCCUUACACAUAUCACAAUGGAGUAGCUUAUUUUCAUACUCCUGAAGUUGCUUCUGUUCCACAGCCAUGGCCUUCACGUUCUAUUUCCAGUUCCCCUGUCAUGGUAGCCCAGCCUGUUUAUCAACAGCCUACUUAUCAUUAUCAGGCUCCUGCACAGUGUCUUCCAGGACAAUGGCAGUGGAGUAUUCCACAGUCUCCUGCUUCUCCCACCUCAUUCUUUUAUCUACAUCCUUCUGAAAUUACUUAUCAACCACUGGAAAUUGCACAGGAUGGUGGAUGUGUUCCUCCUCCUCUUUCCCUAAUAGAAGCUGCAGUUCCAGAGCCAUAUUCUGAUCAUGGAGUUCAAGCAGCAUAUCACCAAGUUUAUGCUCAAAGUGCCGUAGCCAUGCCAGCUGCUGUGAUGCAACCUGAGUCUGUUAAAGAAGCCAGGAUACACUCUGUGAGAAGAAAUUUUUCUCAUCCUUCUUCUAUGAGUCUGAAGCCUCGAUAUGCACGAAGUCCUCACUUUCAUCCUCGAAAAGAUUACAGAUCAGAUGACACAAUGCUCACUACUCCUUCCUCUACAGACUCUGUUAAAUAGAACCUUAGGUAUCUACCAAAUUACUAAUAUGUUAGCACAUGAAGGUAUGUAAUUUUGUAGCUCUUAACAUUUAUUGAAUAUAGCUAAGGCAACAUGUUCUUGCUUUUUGUAAGAGAAUAAACAACCUUGCACUUGAAAACAUGCAGUUAGUAAACAUAAAUUGCAGGAUAAAAUCAUGGUUACCUUUAUCAAUUGGUAAACUAUACUACUAUGGUGACACAAGACUAGUAAUUUGAACUAUGCAAUAUGCACUGCUUAGUCAUGCAGUUUCAAACCAACACCACAAGACAAACCUUACAUUCAUUUUAAUCUUAUAAAUUACAAAAGCAACUAACUACAAUAUUAAAGCCAUUUUUGCUAGAGUGGUGAUAUAUCCUAUGCUUGGAUUCUCGGUAUUAUAUUCAACAUUUUUGUUUUAGCAUUUUUUGAUGUGUCUUGUAUAAUUUGGUGCAGACACUAUUACAUAUUUCAGUUGAAAUCAUAUCUUUUUAAACAUUUUAAAUGCUCUUUUAAUAACUGGACAUUGGACCAUCUGUUUAUAUUGACACAAUUUUUUCUGAUUCUUGUGGUUGAUACUGUUCUUAAAUAUACAGAAUAUUUUAUUAAUUUAAGGCAUUAGAAGUAGAAAAACAAGUUACUAUUUGCAUCAUUAUUGCAGUAUUGGAAAACUUCCAGUGAGCCUUUGAGUAUCAGUAUUUGUCUUCUCCCUGUGCAGGAUCAACAUAAUCACUGCCUGUAUCAUGUACUUGAGGAAUACAAUUUUCCUCUUCACUACAAGGAUAAGAAUUCAUUGUUUAUUAUUUAAAAGCUUUUUGUUAUGAUCUCUUAACUUACUCUGGCAGAAUUAAUAUGCCUGUUGUAUUUAAUUGGAGUGCAAGUCCAGUUCCGUUUUCCUGCACAGUAGACUUACAUUAUUUUAACCAUUUAUAAAUAUUUGAAGCUCAGUGUUCUUUAUUUCAUUUUUAUUUUUUCAAAAGUGAUUUUCCAGCUGCCUUAAAGACUGAUAUUGUGGGGCGGAGGGGUGGGGCGCUAAUACAGAUUUCUGAGGAGUCAGUAUUAUAAUAGUAGUAGUUGCAUCAGCAGAAUAACAUCUAAAUAAUUUAUGUAAAGACUACGGAGAACAUUGUUCUGGAAAAUAUAUACAGCCUUAGUACCUGCUUUGUCUACAGUGUAUUACUUGCCAUUCCACAUGCCUGGAGUUAGAGAGAAUAAAUUCAGACUCUUACUAACAUUUUGUUAUUUUACGAGUAGCAUAUUCACUCUAAGUCUUUAAAUAGGUUUGCAGCUGUAUCGAGGAAAUAUAUAUAUAAAUAUAAUUUAUAUAUUUUGUAAAAAUUUGUGAUAACCCAGCAGCCCUGAGAUUUAAAUAGUUUAUGUCAAGUAAAAAUAAGGAUUGUUGGGGAUAUCAGUUUAAUGUUUCCGUUUUUAUAUUUACAGAGGUUUUAGAAUAUAUCUGUAUAAAUGUGUUGACAUCUCUUGAAACUGCUUCAUAUGUGUGAAAGGAUUUGCUGAGUUGUAAAUAUCCUUGUAAACCAUAUAAAAGUAGCCAGGAAAGGGCCUUGUGUUCUGUUACUAUGGCCUUGUUUCUAACUGUAUCAUGCAACAGUUUUCUAUAGCCCGUUUCAUCCAAGCAAUCAAGGUGGGUUUUAAAUCUUUUGCUUGGAUUCCCAUUUUUACUUUGCUAAUUGUACCAAAAAGCAUUUGCUGAAACUGUUUAAAAGUGCAGAUGUCCAAAUAUUGCUUAGUAUUUAGAACUGUAGUUUAGAAAGCAACUUUAUUCAUACCUGAAAUCCUUUGAUCUCACUGCUUGUGUUAUGGAGUUCUUGCCAUAUGUAUCAGAUAAUAAUCAGAUAAGAUCAUUACCCAUUUCAGUUAAUUCGGUUUAAAAGGACAAUAGAAAUAUUAGAAUUGUUUUACAUUUGUCCAUAUUUGGCCAAGAUUUAUUUAAUAAAACACAAAAGAUAAUAAUAGACAUAAGAGUCUAAUAUCGAGGUCCCACAUAUUUAUUUUAGCAGUUUAUGGCCAGAAGUAAGAAAGCUGCCUUCUGAACUCUGGUUCUUGUGUAUUUAAUUUGUGUGAAGUGUCACUGUUCUUUUCAAAAUGUACAUGGAUGUUUUUCAGGCACGUCACAGUACAGAACUAGGGAUAAUACCUGGACAGCAGUAUUAUUUUGAAACCUAGCCAAAUCUCAUAAAUUCCCUCCUGUCUUUCUUUAUUAUGUUUCUUCAUGAAAAACAUUAGCUCCUGAGUCUAGGGAACUUUUCUGAUUUGAUAUGAAGCCAUCUCGGUUGUGUGCUGAGUGAUAGAAAGCAAGCAUUCACAGCACCACCAGUAUUUGUUGUAGACUGAAUUUGUAUUGUUCUGUGUUAAAAUCCUGAUUUUAAAACAUUUGGUUAGGAUACAUAGCAGAAUCAUAUUUGCCAUAGAUUUAGAGGUGAAGAAAUUAUUUAAGUAAUGUAUGUGAUCAUAACUCCAAACAUAUUUUUAAGAAAUAGGUAAAGAAAUGCCAUAAUGUUAAAUAAAACAGGACUUUCUUCUGUCAGAAUGGCCUGUUUUGAGUUUUUUAAAAAAGCAUGAACAUCAAAUUGUUAUACUUACGUACCAAAAAAAUUUCAGUUUAAUCAUAACAGUCAUUUGACCUCUUACUUUGAUAUUUCUUUAUGUUUUUAACAUGCUCUAAAAUUCACUUGACAAAAUAAACUCGACAAACUGCAUUCCACUAAUAAUUUUGUCUAAGGUAACAGAACACAUGGCUUUCAAUACAGUAUAUGCUUUUUAACUGUAUUUGAGUCUAGUUUUACAGUAUAAGUUUAUUGUAUAUAUGUUUGUGUAAAUGUUAAGGUAAUGGUAUUUUCAGGGCACUUGGAUUAAUCCUCAUAUUGUGGCAGCUUUUUUAAAAAUGUGAAUGUGACGAAGAAAAUGUUUCAAUGAUACAUGCACAUAAAUCUACUAGGAAGCUAGACUUUUUAAAAAUGUGCUAAUUCCUUAUUAUUGUGGAGCUCAGAUAAACAGAAUAAGAGUAUGAAUACAAGUCAUACCAAAAGAGUAUGCAUCUUGCUUGGGGCUUCAUUAUUAGUGAGUGUUUUUCAGAUCUUUGGGUAUGAUAACAUGGUUUUUAAAUUAUUCUAAAUGGCAGUUGAAAGCAGGCUGCACAGUGGUGUAUUUUGUGACAUAGACAUUGUUGUGGAAAUAUACAGUAGUUACUUUUACUUGUUACUUGCCGUAACAAGGAACUGCUCACAUGAAAAAUGCAAAUCACAAGUACAAAUUUCAAAUUUUUGCAUUGCCAUAUAAAUAGUAUUCUAGGUUAAUGUACUUCAGCUGCGUUUGCUGUAGUUAACUGCAGUCCUAAGUAAGUUAUAGAAAUGUACAUUUUAUCAAUAAUUUCAUAGUAUGUCAGCGUUUUCUGUUAUCCACUCAUUUUUUGUUAACAUUAUGGGCACAAUCCAGUUUACUACAAGCACAGCAGCUGCACAUAGGCUCAGUAUAGUCCUGUUUUCCCCACUUCCCCUAUCUGUGGGGAACACAUGUGUUUGUGUUUUCUGUAGUAUUGGUAACGUCCAUCAAGGCCCUGGGACAUGCCAUGGGAUGUGGUAGAUGUGCCCAGACCUCCCAUUCAUCCCGAUAAUCUCCUGCAUUGCCUACACAUACAUACAUUGAGCAGGGCGGGGGGUGGGAUGAGACAGGGACAGAGUUAUCUUAAGCCAGUGGGAACCUUCUGUGCAGGGGUGCUAUUGCCUGCAUUGGGCUGGAUUGUGCCUUGUUUGUAUAAUAUACAGUAGCAAAAUAGGUUCCUGUAAACUGUACCAUCUAAUAAAAACCAGUGGUUCUGUAACAAAGUUCAAUUCAAAUAAAGUGUUCUUUACCUACUG